GUCACUUCCGUGUUGUGAACAAGGUACAACUAGUCUAGUGACGUUAGAAGGCCUGCUUUAUGAUUACUGAAGAGUUUUUUAUGGAGAGUUACCAGCCGAUGGAGUUAUAGUUCAAACAGCCUCUUAAAACAGAUCUCUGCUCCUGUUCCCAGGUCGGUAUGAAGUGUCUGUUUGUUUUGUUUACUCUGUUUACCGGCUGCUCCUGAAGUAAACAAUCGAGCUCGUGCGCUGGUAACUUUCAGUCACCUCAGGCUUGUUGUAACUUACCGUUACACUGUCACACUGUUACACUGUGAGAGGAGAGACAGACUUUAAAGAGGUUUUACACGAUUGGAUGUAAUUUCAGGCUUUGAAGGAAAGGAUUUCACUUUUAAAUGUUGGAUUUUGCUUGAUGUUGAGUCUGGUUAAUGAUGGCUAGUUAGCCUGUUGCGGUUAGCCUGCUGUUGAUUCCUGCUUAAAUCAUGACACAGUGAAAGAGUAAAAGUACAGAUGUGUGACCAGAUGGUGUCGGUUCGUCCAGGAUUAACUGACAGAGAUGGUAUCAUACGUCAGUACGAUCUCAAGUCUCGCAUGUUAACAUGACUAAUUAUGUUUACUGAUGCUCUGAUGCAGAUCAAGAGCUGAACAAACAGCACGACACCCAACAAUCAGUGAAUCAUUUAUAUUAAAGGUUUAUUCCGGCGUAAAAUUAAGUUAGGGUCAAACACGCCAUAACACCGAGUUAGACAGCCUCUCGAGAGACGAAUGUUGCCGACUGCUUGCUUCUCUAGUUAUAUCAACUUUAGUAACGACCGCACGAUAGCAAUACAGAGAGCCACGCGCUAAACCAAAAAGCCACUCUAAAGCCACAAAUAAUGCUCAGAACAGCACCUAACUUCAUCAACAGUACAUGUAGGGUCGCAGCCAUAGCAUUAGCCAUCAAGCAUCUUUUUAGCUUUGCCCAAUUUCUUUAUGAAAGAGACUAAACACAACUCACCUACUCUCUUCCAGCAGCAGCUUGUUUGUAGCGAGACCUCAGGCCAGUCCAUUACGGACUGCAGCGGGGUGACACAGCUCAAGGAAUAACAUUUAUGAUCAUUUGUUCAUGGAAAUGCAAUCAGACCAAGACGCUAAGGCAGAAGAACUACCGUGUCUGCAGUACAAAAUAAUCAAAUUGAUGAUUAUUACUUCAAGGCACGAUAAAGAAAUGAUCAUAAAUGUUCUUCCUAGAGUUGCGUCACUCCGCUGUAGUCCGUAAUGGACUGGCCUGAGGUCUCACUACAAACAAGCGGCUGCUGGAAGAGAGUAGGUGAGUUGUGUUUAGUCUCUUUGCUUAAGAAACCAGGCAAAGUUAAAAAGAUGUUUGGUGGCUAGGACUCUAUAUGUCCUGUUGAUGAAGUUAGGUGCUGUUCUGAGCAUUAUUUGUGGCUAUAGAGUGGCUUUUUGGUUGAGGUUUGUUUAUGGCUCCUCAGACUGUUGUGUAUUGCUAUCGUGCGGUCAUUACUAAAAUUGGUAUAACUAGAGAAGCAAGCGGUCAUCAACAUUUAUCUCUCGACGGGGCGUCUAACACAGUGUUACAGUGUGUUUGACCCUAAAUUAAUUUUACGCCGGAAUAUUCCUUUAAAGAGAGGUGAUUAAACAAACACUCCAAACUUAUCAUGCAUGGGCACAUUUCUGUGAAUCUUAUGUCAAAGAUUGAGUUCAGGCUUUUUUUUCAGCUAGAGUUACACCAUCUUCUACCUUUGUUAAGAAUAUAAUUAGACUCUAUACAGAUGGAUGCCAUUUUGAUUAUUCCUACAAAGUGAAAUUCACCCACGAAGUAGCAUACACUCAUAUUUUGAUAAACAGUGAUAUUCCAAAGGCUGCCUCAGAAACAAUUGAGAGUAAACAGGCUGAUAUAGUUGCUUGAUAAAACAGCUGUUAUUUUAGCCAGUACUUAAUCUUAGUGUUGUUGUUCGUUUUUUACUUUAAUGACUCAAAAAAGUCUGAGACUGAGUGUACUUCAAGCCCUUAUCAAUGUACUUGUUUAAUGUUAAUUGUACUUUGUACAAAGUUGCUGAACUGCAGAGAAAUAAGCCGUCUUCAAAGAGAUACAGUGACCUGCAGAGACUUAGAUUUGAGAAAGGAAAUUUAUUUUUGUGUACUGGUUAGUUCCUUGCAAAUUGUCAACUAAAUAUGAAAAGAAUGGGGAUAACAUCAACAUCAUGAUUCUACCAUUAAAACCAUGCCAAUAUGAUGAUUUUGCUGUAUUGUCCAUUCCUAUCAUCUACUAUUAUCACCUGCAGUUUCACUAGACCUACAGUGUUUACUCCCUUUGAUUUGAACCUGUCAUUUGUUUGAUCUCAAUGAAACUGGUUGUCAUGAAGCUAAGGAGAGGGCUGAUUAUUAAGUUCUUGACUUCAUAAUGCGGCUGGUUGUGUUAUCAAUAGAGUACCUGUAAUUCAUUGGUUGUCUUGUUUAAGGCCGUCCAGCCAAGGUAAAGCUGCAAACUAGAGAAAGUUUAAUUCAUGAAAUCAUCAUUUACUUCUUGUGUUUUAGAUUUCAGGAUCACAGCGGGCCACACUGGAUGGAUCCGCCCAUAAUAGUGGAGGCCAGCUCUUGACAUUCUUUGGGCCUGAAUGUUUAACAUAAGUCUACAAUGGCAAGUAACUUCCGAAGCUACAUUUGGGAUCCAGUCCUUAUCGUGUGUCAGAUUGUGUUGAUGCAGUGCAUCUACUACAGCUUUCUGGGUCUGUGGUUGGCUGGAGUGGACAGUCUGGUGCAAAAUAGUCAGUCACUGGACCAGAUCUUCAGCUAUGAAGUAAGUCCUGAGAAUUCAGCACCUGUAUGUGACCCAUUUAUGUGGCACAUUUUUGUGCUCAUGAUACAGUAUUUAAACCUUUGACUUGUCUCUGCAGAUCCUUGGCUUUGCAACAAUGCAGGGCAGACUCUCAAUGAUGGCAUUCAUAUUGAACUCUCUUACUUGGUAAGCUCUUUGUUUAAUAUUUCAGCGUUUCUAAAUGAAUCAGAGCUACAGUACUUGUUGCUAAAAUGCUGCUGUUCAAACAUCUGAUGAUUAAUUUAUUCAUUUUCAUCCACACAACUUGAGGAUUUACAACAGACUUCAGUCUACUAAAAACAAUCAUACCUGGAUGAAAUAUUAUUUCUGUAAAGUUGAUAGGUUAAGCAUGUUGCAGUGGCACCUUUAUAUCCACACACAUUUCUAAACUCAUAUAAAACAUGGCUGCUAAAAUACCUCUCUUGUCUUAACUCUUCCACAGCGCACUCGGCCUGUGGUUUUUCGUCCGCCGAGGGAAACAGUGUCUGGACUUCACUGUCACCGUGCAUUUUUUUCAUAUGAUCGGCUGUUGGAUCUACAAUGCUCAUCUUCCAGCCGCCCUGUCCUGGUGGCUUGUCAAUGUAGCUUGCAUUGCCUUAAUGGCCGUCAUUGGCGAGUACUUGUGUAUGCGGAGUGAGCUCAGGGCCAUUCCAGUCAAUAGUGGACCUAAAUCUAACCUGUAAACUUUUGUUGACAUCUCGCUGAAAAUCUGUGGACAUUGAUGUGGAUGGAAAAUCUUGCCCAGAGGACGCUAUGUACAACUUUUGAGGAAAAUGGAGCACAAAUGUGUGUUGUAGGCUUUGGAUUUUUCAUCUGUCUCCGUGAAACACCAGACAAACUGAUCUAUUUAUUCAACGCUAUCUGAUAAAUGUUGGAUAGCAUUAACUCUGUAGCAUAUCAUGGUAAAUGUUUUAAUGGUUUGGAAAGUGGAUGGCAGUUGAAAUCUGUCUCUGAACCUAAUGUCUAAAGAUGUUCUUCUUAAUAAUGUCAUUUUUGUUUUUAUUUUAAGUACAUUAAAUACGAAUCUCAUUCCCUAAUUUUGAGAUGUAAAACAUGUCUUAUCUGGUUAUGUGCACAUCUAUAAGAAGAAUUAGGGAACAGCUUCAAAUUACAAAUAGUCUUUACAUCAACUCACAUUGUAUCUCUCAAGCCUUGCUGGUUGGUAUCCAAACAAGACCAUCAUUUUCCAGGAUAUUUUGAUUACAAAGUUAGUAUGUUUUGGUUAAAACAUAUUUGGAGAUUCAUUCAGGAGGUUAUUUUUCACUGUUUUAUCAAUCUGUGUCAAACCUUGAACUCGUGUUAGGUAUUUAAAAGUGACACUUUGAGUCUCUAUGUGUUAAUCCAGAUGCAGGAGGAAGAUUUCUUUUAAUCCUCACAUUCAGUCAGAUCAUUCAUGAACCUCUUUGGACAGAGCUCGUAAUGCUCAUUUUAGGUCUUCUUUGUCAGACGUGUACAACAUUUUGCACUGCAGGGGCUCUUUUCUUCCGUCUCUGCGUGUCAUGAUGUAUUAUUCAGACAAGGUAGCCACUUGGGGGACAGUUAGUCAAGCACCAGCUGUGUUCUGACAGCAGGCUGCGUCUUUGUUACUGAAACACUGUCAGAACCAGGAUGUGCAGCUCUGAUGGGUUCAGACAUAAUUUCAGCCCUCCCAUGUAGUGACGACUUUUUAAAACCCUGUUUUAAUCUACUGCUUUUUAUUCCGCAGUCUUUUGUACUGUGUGGUGACUGUCAGAUAAACUGUCACUGCUUUGAUAGCGUGCACUAUGUGGUAGCUUGCUUUUAAGUCAUAUUCCUGAGGUGGUGUGUAAGUUCACUUUAUCAUUUGUCUGCAUGCACAGAUAUUCAAAAUUCAUUCGUUCAUAUGGUGUAUAUGAAACAUAAGUCAUCAGGUGUUAAGCUUGACGAGAGAACUUGAAGAGGUCAUCUGUUGUCUUCAAGUAAAGCUAAAUUUAUACAACUCUAAUUUAUCCACCUGAUUAACAUGUUGUAUCUUGGAGGGGUUGACCUGUAUUUGAUUUUCAGGACCAAUGUGAUACUGAUCACUAAAAGUUUAUGAGACUGAUAACUGAUAUUUGGGACCAGUAUGAAGUGACAGUGUCAAAAUUUAGAAUUUGGGAUCUUAUAAACACCAGUAUAAAACAAUGCUCGAAUAUCUUGAGCAUUCGACAUCAUAUACUAUAGUUGUUAAUAGUUAAACAGUUAGAUGUACAGUAUAGCCAGCCAAUCAGAUAAUGUUUUUGGCAGGACAUAAAGCGAGGCAAAGUACUGCAAGAAAACAGAGCCAGAGGGGCAGACACACCAACAGUGGAGCUAAAGUAGCAAACUUAUAACAAUUAAUCUUAUUGGCCAUCCGUAAAAUAAAAGAUCAGUACAGAUACUUGGUCAAACACAGAGUUUCAGCCCAAUAAUUGCUGUGGCUGCCAAUCAGUCCGCCUGUAUUAUCUUUUAUGAUGAAAACUGAAAAGUUUGACAGACCUGCCUUGUUUUUAUUUUUUGAAAUUUCUAACUCAUUCCUUGGCAGAUAGAGGGAAUUGCUCUGAGUCAUGUUUACAACAUUAAGUUUAGCCUGCAGCUAAAAAUACAGAAAAAUGCAGUCAAGCAACUCCAACCAAACUUUUGUUCCCAGGACUAUGUUUUUGUACAGAUUUGACAGGUCAAAUAUGAGCUAUAAAGGCACUGUCUUGGUCUGUUGGUUGUCUUUAUUUUAGAAGAAAACAGGCGAGCAGUUUCUACCUGCUUUCAGUCUUUUUGCUGAGCUAAGCUUCAUAUUUAUUGCACAGCUAUGGGAGAGGCAUUGAUCAUCACAAUAAAUGCUGAACUGUUCCUCUAAGUCAAGUUGCUUAAAGGAAUAGUGCAUGUCUGCUCUCUAGAAACAAACUUCCUUUGUCAUUUGAUCAUUUCUCGCAAAGACCACUCCCAUGCAAUGCUGUCUUUGUACCUUUAAACAUAUGUUGACUUAGCUUUGCUAAAACUCUCUUAAAUGUAGAGAACUCAAGAGAUCUUGUAAAUAAAUUCUCUGACAUGUUUUAUUAUGCACAAAACCAGCUCAGAUGAAGUGUACAUAUGUCUGUCUCCUGAGGGUUUAUUCAUGGGGUGUUGGCACCAGCAGGGAGGAGCUGUUUUUACAACGCUCUCUGUGAAUAUGCUCCUCAAUGAAACUCGAGAAAUUCUCAGAUUGGAGGGAAGAGUGUGCAAAACGCAGUUCAGAAACUGCAGGUGUAAAAAAUAAUAGGCUAUUGUGUUUUCAGGCAUCAAAGAUGGGCCCUCUAAUGAGAGAAACAUUACGAGCAUGUCUUUGGAUCUGUCGAAGUUUCCACUCUGGGCCCUGAUCCUUCCUCAUUUUCUCCCACCACUGCUUCUGCUGAUGUGUCCAGGUGGAGAGGAGCAGAUGGGAGAGUACUAACGAGUAGAAAAAAUGCUGGUUGCAGUCCUCAUUACCAACACUUUGCUUCAGGAAGGGGGGCUAAAAAUGGAAACUGUAGUAAAUGGGAGAAACAGCGUGAUAACUCUACACAUUGAUUAAACGCUUCACUAUUUUACCACUAUCUUGCACUUUGCUAUCCAUGAAUAUGCUC